ACUCCUCCAACAUGGCGUCCACUAGGACAGAAGAUAGCGCAUUCACUAUGGACAUUCACAUCACUAGAUUAGAAGAUUCCUCGCCGGUGUUCUUUAAAAUUGACGGUGAAAGGUUUAAGGAGACUCAGACUUUGAAACUUCAAGUAGACACCUCGUAUAAGCUUUCAUUUGAGUUUCGUCCCUCGAGGGAAGCGAGUGAAAUUUCUAUCGGGGGAGGAAAUGUUAAGCAUGAACUCAAGAGAAGUGAUGAAAGGUCUUCGGUUUACGAGUGCUCAUGGUCUACAAAUGGGAUGAGCAUAUCCAAAAAUAAAGACAGACUUUACAUGAUAAUUUUUGUGAAGUUUCAAGAUGGCAAAGAGAUGAAUGCCAGGGUACAAUGCAAAAUGUAUUCCCUAAAGGACAGCGAUCAUGUCAAGUGGGGAACAUGCUUGAAGAAUCUGCAAAUCGAUUGUAAAGUGCAAGAUGGGCAGAGUGUUGUUAAUGUUCAUCAGGUUUUAUUCAAGUGAAUACAGUUAAUUUUAAAAAAGUUCCCUGGACUAGCAAUGCACUAAAUUGUAAGUCUAGAUUUUGUGUGUUACAAAGAAUGUAAGUCGAUCUAUUUGGCUCAGCCAGCUGGUCAACUCAGCUGGUUUUUGUGUUCUGUAAACAUUACCCGUUUGCUUGUCCAAUGUCCACAAAUCAGGUAGUAAAGCUUAGGGUUUUCUCAAUGAAAUUCAGAAUUUUAUAAAGAUUUAAAAAAGUCCAAUAUUAUCAAUAGUAUUUUAAUCCAAAAAAUAUUAUAACAAUAUAGAAUAUGAACAGAUUUCUUUAAAUUACGAGAUAAAGAAAAAAUCACAAUUGCUCAGUUAAUGUACCAUUCUUCUAAAUGUCUAUGACGUUUUUUCAGUAAAGCAUUGUAAAGCAUUACAAAACUAUACAUGGUACAUUAUUUUUAUCAAAGGAAUAUACUUUUAUACUCAUCAUAGAGUUAGGUUAAUGGAGACAUUGCAAGGGAGAACAUUCAUUGCAUCACAGACACAGGGUUAUGUGGUUGAAGGUGUUAUUAUUUUUUUUCAUCUAAGUGAUUUAGUGCUUCAUAAGCAAGUGUUCCUUCAUUGAGUUUUCUCCAUAAUACAAUCGAUCUAAAUUUGAGAAAGAGGGCAUUUGCAGAGGCAACAGUGCCAAGAAAUUGCUGAGAAUGCAGGAUGCAAAAGGUGUUAAUGCAUUUGUAUUAGUUCCAGACCAUUUGUUCUAAUAAAUAACUUUGUUUGCUUUCAUGGUCA